CAGACGACCGUAGUCAUCCACAUUACAUCUUCACCGAGCUGAACAACUAUGGAUUAAGAAAGUAAAACUUGUUUUACUUGUUUCCAAAAGGAACGCAGUGAAGAGAAGAAAUGUCUGGGUAAAGUUCGGAUACAAUCUCGGUGAUAUCUGAUGUCCUUUGCCUGUGCAAUAAUUACACUUUGAGAAGAGACUGAAACAAUCAUUCACCUGGACAAACUUGAGAGUUCAGUUCAAGCUUAUUUUACACCUGUGACCUGAUACUGGUCCGAUUUUGGAUAAGGAGGGUAUAUGCCAAAUGGAUAGAAAUGCAAAUAUUCGUAUGGUUGAAUUAAAAUCAAACGAAUGAUUAAAACACAUUGAAACUGUAGGUAAUUCAAUUGUGGAACUGUUCAAACCGAAUUCAUCAUGCGAAUAUUUUAAAUGUAAAGACAAGGCAAGAGUUAAGGAAUACUGCUUAGGCUACUGGGUAUAUAAUAAAGUUUUGUCGGGAUGGUGCGACUGCUAAACUACCUCUUGCUGGGCUACCUGACCUGGAAUCUACGGAUAUCAGACGCACAAGGGGAGUACUGCCAUGGGUGGCUGGACAGUAAUGGAAAUUACCACGAAGGCUUUCAGUGUCCGGAGGACUUUGACACCAUGGACGCGACCGUGUGCUGCGGGUCUUGCUCCCUGCGGUACUGUUGCGCGGCUGUGGACGCACGGCUGGACCAGGGAAGCUGUACCAACGACAGAGAACUGAAUAACACGGAGUUUGCAGCGCAGCCCAUCUACGUGCCCUUCUUGAUGGUGGGCUCCAUCUUCGUGGCUUUCGUGGUGGUGGGCUCCCUGGUUGCCGUCUACUGCUGCACCUGCCUGCGUCCCAAGCAGCCUACCCAGCAGGCUAUCCGCUUCUCACUGCGUAGCUGCCAGGGCGAGACCAUCCCCAUGAUCCUGACCACUGCGCCACCCAGCCUGCGCACACCCUCACGCCAGUCCAGCACGGCCACCAGCUCCAGCUCAGCUGGCGGGAGCAGCUCGGUGCGCCGCUUCUCCCUCGGAGGUCAGGGGCAGGGGCAGCAGCACGGGUGCUUGGUGUCAGCAUCUGCACCAAGCACCCGCAUCUCCACCUCCCCCUCCAUGUCCCAGCCGCUGCUGCCACCACCCCCUCCGCCCCCCUACACCUCCCCCGCAGCCUGCAUGCCAGGCGGCCGCCAGCACCCUCACCCCCAUACCCAGCUGCAGCUGCACCAGCCCAUGCACCCACACCAACAUCCUCACCCAGCCCAGGGCACGGGCUUCCUGCUGCCCCAGCAGUACUUCUUCCCCCUACAGCCGGAGCCCUUCUCCGGGGCUAAGGGCUUUGCAGACUUUGGACAGAGCUGACUGGGCUUCCCGGGCAACGAGGAGGCGGAUUAUAGGAGCACACUGUGGGAUGUGAGUAGGGUCGUGUUCAUUAGGCACUAAAUGGAAGAAAACAGACCGAAACAACAGGAAGGGACUACCUGAACCUGCCCAGUAUGAGUUUGUUUUAUGUUGCAAAAUGUUUUAAAUCGGUGAACUGUACUGAACAUGACCCUGGUGUGUUUUGUGGACUAGACACACAACCAGUCAGCGGCUACCGGAAGGACUGCCCUAACAUGCAGUGCAGUAGGCCUGUUGAAUGGAGACUGCGAGACAGGAGGCUGUGCUUAAUAUAAACCACAAGAAAGCUUCAGAGUCAAGCAGAGUACAUGAGAGUCUUGUCUCUCUAAAUGACAGGAAAGGACAUCUGCUCAGACCAGACAGGACCUGUUUAUUGGUCAUUAUUGUUUUCAAUGUUAUGCACUUUUUUAUAUAUACAUUUCUAUUGUAAACAAUAUUCUCUGUCUUCCCUUUCUUUUUUGAACACAAUUUGGUUAAAUGGUGAUGUUAAAUUGUCACAAUAACUUUGUCACAAUAACAUUUGUGGCAGCAACAUUAUUAAGAAGUGUUCUGCACAUUUUGUUGCGAGCUGUUGGACAUUUAAUCAAAUUAUCAUUUUGACAAUCGCAAGCCCCUCUAAAAGAGGGGAAGGACUGACACCAAGUUGUGCAGUAGGUUGAACAAAGCCAAAGGAUGUACUGUGUAUACAGUGCUCACUGGCUGACCUAUAGGUUCGUUUUUAAUUAACAAUCAUAUUAGCCAACACCAUAUAAGAGUCCAGUAUCUUGUCAACAAUCCAGUAUUGUGAGCAUAGAGAUCCUAUUAAAUUACUAUUAGUAAUUAGUAUUCUAAUUCCUAAUUCUAUGAUUGUGAGUACUUGUCAUGCAAUGCUACAACUAGAAGUACAUUUAAAAAAUGUAAAAACACUCCCCAGUUUGUCAGUAUUUCAGAAAAUUGAACAUACUCUUUAAUAAUCCAAGAUUGGAUGGUUGAGAAUUGCUUCAUUGCUCACUUACGGAUAGAUUUUGUACUGUAUAGUACUAACUUCUGAAAAUGACUUGCAACUGUUUCCUUUAUGCUGUUAAAGUCACAAUCCUGAGUUUGUGUUUCACCUAUUAGCCCAACUGCAGCCUCCACAUUUGGUUUGUUUAUGUACUACUUAUUAUACUGAAGAGAGGGGAUGCAAAGAUAUUCACAAACAUGAAUGCCACAUUGACCCUUAAAUACAGAAACUACAAGCCAAAAUGUUGGCUUGCGAAUAGCGCAGGCACCCUUUCUCCAGCCUCAGACAUAUAGGCAACUAAAACGGUUGAAGUUCAUAGUCGUUCACUAUCUGUCGCUCAAUCUUGCGCCAGACUUCACAUGAGGAAUGUGGCAACGAGAUCAGUCGUUGUCAAUGCUCAAUAAGCCUGUCAUGGCCACAGUGUUAAAAACAACUGGUCCCAGAAAUAGGGAAAGGUUUUGGGUUGCACGAGCAGGUAUGGCAAGAGUCCAAAGACUUCUCUGUUCCCUAGUCAUUUAAGUGUGAAAUAGACUUGGCAAUCAUGGUCCUAUUAUGGCAGAUUAGAUACAAUAGCUCAUUCAGUGGAUAAUGUUUGGAGCUAGAUUCUGAGCCUUCUAAACAAAGGAAAAAUUACAGCAAUUCCUAGAGAUGACUGCCACAACAAUCUUUGAGUGUUGCUGUCCUUUUUUCUUUUUUGGAUUGCUCAAAAUCUACAACGUUUACCCAGACAAGCACCCCAUUCCAAUAGAAACCUUUGGUAGCACAGGCAUACUUGCAUACUACUCUUUGGAGCCAUUUGUGCUAUAGUUGCUCAGAUGUUGACACAAUUGUUUUUCUAUACAUUUGGGUAUGCUUGGACACUUCUGGUUUUUAAAAACACAUGAAUAACUCAUCGUCUUUCAGAUACUGUAUUCUAGAUGGUCCUGUGUAAUACUGCUCUAAAUCUAUUUAGAAAGCAAAGAAAAUACUUCACAGAUGUACUUUUUUUCAAGUUACAUUGACAGUAGUACAAGGACCCUUGUAUGAAUACUUUAGCAAGGGUACACCUGGUCAGGAAAAUGUAUUUCAUGAACUAACGACUAAAGAGAAACCAUCUAGGUUGGUUUUGUGAUACUGCUAUGAUAGUGGAUACUUUGUCAAUAACAGAGAGAAAUUAUUGUAAUUAUAACGGAAGGGAUAUUCUACCACACGGCCCCUCAGUAAACCUCAGAUCACCAGUCACCAGGGAGUACAACGUCAGCACAUUGAUGACAUUUGAUGUUUUCCGUCUCCCCUGCCUUUUCCUGUUUAGGUUCUCAGUGCUCUGCAUGUCCUGUUUGCUGCCACACACAUAGGCAUAUGAUUAGAUGGGAAAAACAACUACCUGCCUUCCCUCAUUUUGGACAGUUAAAAAAGUCUGAAAUGAGGGAUGGGACCUUAUUCCUUAUUCUCUACAUAGUGCCCCACUUUUGACCAGAGUAGUACACUACAUACAGUGAGGGAAAAAAGUAUU